AUGGCAAGAUCAGGUCAUUCCACUCAGUUGACUUCCACUUCUGGAAGACAUAGGGCGCGUCAACCACAGACACAGAAGCUCACGGAUAACGAAAUUUCGGAGUUGAAGAACUACCUUCCUGAGUGGACUUCGGCGAAAAGGAUUGAGAAGAGGGCAGUUUUCACUGCCAUAGCUAGGGCUGCCAGGCUAUUUGCUCCCAAGGUCGACCAAGCACAAUGGAAGAAGAGGAAGCAGAUGUACAAGACAUGGUUGUUCAACAACCAGAAAAAGAAGGAGAGGAAGGACAUGAUAAAGUAUGGGAGGAAAUGGACUCCUAGGCAGGUGAUCUACCAGCAGAAACGGGAGGAGGUGCUGAAGAGGAUUGAGGACGAGUCUGGGGCAAAGCCAGGAGGGUCCCGAGUCAUGGCUGAAUUGUCCGAUGAUGAGUUGGAGAAGGCGAAAGACACGGCUGAAGAAUGGUCCAGCAACUUUCCUCCUCCCGAGAUACAAGCACAAGUGGCUUGUAAGAAGGGACCGGUGUAUAUGGAGCACUUUUCGAAGGAGAUGUGGAGGCAAUGCGGGAUGAGAGUGUUUGUGAUGUCGGCAUGGAAGAAUGAACAGGGAGAGGUGCUGUUUGGGAUGCACGAUGAUAACGAGGCAUUAGGAGAUGGGGAAAGUUUCAUGAAGACGAAGGACUGGGAGGGACAUCGAGCCAGUUUGGCAGGAGUACACGCAGGAACAAUUUCGGUGCUGGGGCACGAGAUGGUGGGCGACAGACUGAAACUUGAGGAGAAGAAAGCCAUCGUCAGAGCAUUUCUCACAUCGCACUAUCGUAUCUGUUCUGGGAUUGUCAAGGCAGUUGUGCCAUGGAGCGCCAUCAUACAAAGUCAGGAUGACUUUGUGGCAAGAACGUAUCUUCCGGCGGAUGUGGACUUGAAGGAGCCUUCGAAGUUGCAACAUUGGGACACGACCGCCUUACUGAAUUUCUGGUAUGCUCGGCAGGAGAAAGGCGAAGGUCCAACAUUCCUGUUCAAAGCAUGGAGGAACAGAGAUGGGGACAUGGUAGCCUCGGUUGUAUCCGGAAAUUCACCUUCUCAUUGGACUCGUAAUGCCAGACGAGUUAUGAUCCGAAGGCCUCGGAAUUCAUCGACCGAAACUGACAGUGAUCCCGAGGCCAAUCACGAGAGUAAUCCAGAGAGCAAUCCUGAGGACGACACUCAUCACAUGGAGGAUGAUGCUGAUGAUGACACAGAGGAAGGUAGAUCCCCGCAAAAGAGACCCAGAACAGAGCCUGGUCCUUCGACAGCACAUGAAGGGACAGCGGUCCCACAUGCAAUUCCAAAGCCUCGCUUGGUCAAUGCAGGGAAGACUGGUGCACUGCUGACAUCGCGAAUGGGCGACCUCCUGACUGGGCUGACUGCGAGAGUCACUCGCAAUGUUCAGGAGGAUGGUGCAACAGAACGAGUCAAUAGGUCGCCGGCGCCGAAGAACAUGCGGGGAAGGAAAGCGGUGAUUGAGCCAUCGGCGAGGACAACCCGGAGUAAGUCAACACAGCAGCCAUUGGACACAAGCACUCGAGUGACGAGAGCAAGGGGAAAGAAGUAA